AUGGCUUUCAGUAUUCGGCAGAAGAGGGUGCGAAGAAUCUCCGGAGACCCAGUCCAUGGGGUUGUGGUGCAAGGCCCUGUGGAUGGUCUGGCUACUGGCACCCCACUCUAUAGUGUGGCGGUGCAAGGACUACUUGUAGACCAAGGGGUUGGAGGUGGAAGAUAUAAGUUGUGGUGGAAGGGGGAUGAUGGUACGGGAGGAGUUGGUGUGAUGGUAAGAGAAGAGUUGGUGGAGAAGGUGUUGGAAGUGAGGCGGAGAAGCAAUGGUGUAAUUGUGGUGGUGAUGGUGUUUGGAAAAGUAAUAGUGAGGGUGAUAUCAGGAUAUGCUCCGCAACAAAGUAGGAAGGAAGAGGAGAAGGAUAGGUUUUAUGAUGAUGUUUCUGACGAGAUUGGGCAAGCGGGGUUGAAUGAGUUUGUGGUGUUGUUGGGUGAUUUGAAUGGUCAUGUGGGGGCGGAUGCAGACGAAUAUGAAGGUGUACAUGGGGGAUGGGGAUAUGGUAUACGGAAUGAGGAAGGGCAUAGAGUGUUGGAGUUGGCGGAUGCACAUAGCAUGGUGGUGGGGAAUACUUGGUUCACAAGGGAACCAGCGCGAUUGAUUACUUAUAGGUCAGGGGAACAUAGAUCGAUGAUAGACUAUAUAUUGGUAAGGGCCAAACAUAGGAAGUAUGUGAAGAAUGUGAAGGCGAUACCUGGUAUGUUGCAGCAUAGUAUGGUUGUGAUGGAUGUGACAUCAAAAGAAAUGGAGAGGAGGAAGAAGGAUAAGAUGGACGGCUGGGUUAGCCGGGGGUCGGCAACCCGGAUGAACCUGCAGAAACUGCGGGAUUCGAACCCGGUCGUGGAAGUAGUAGACGAACACGCUAACCACUCGGCCACGAGACCCUGCAAGUGUUAA